AGAAAGAUUCAGAAACCAGGCCGAAUCAUGGCGCACAUACGACGCCAAGAUGCCUUUGAUGACUCUGACUAUGAGUCGUGCCCUCUCGGAGGCGAAUGGUGGAAGUGUGAGGACGUCAACUAUCCAACUUUCAUAGGAUGCUGUUCUAGCAAUCCCUGUUCAGGACAGAUGUGCCCGACAAACCAUCUCUAUCCCAUGGGCUUUGGCUCCGUCACAACUCCAGUGCCUGAUUAUCCAAACCAUUCUUGUCCCUAUGGAGGCUUAUGGUAUACCUGUGCCGACAACUCGAUCACUUUCCAAGGUUGUUGUGAGAGUGAUCCAUGCAACGGCCAGGGCUGCCCUGCCUCGGAUUUGCGACCAGCUGGCCUUCACACAGUGGCGGUUGCUGGAAGCUCGACAUUCACUAUCCCCUCCUCGGUCGCAACGGCAGCUCCAACUGGUGCCUCCAGCGGAACAGAGGCAGCCUCGAAGACAUCGAGCCCUGCGCAAUCAGCGCGAAGUGCGACCGGCAAGCCGAACACCGUUGCUGUAGCCGGAGGGGCUGCUGCCGCGGGAGUGCUAUUGGCGGCAAUUAUCGGAGUUUCUCUGUAUUGCUGUGUGCGUCGAAAGAGAAAGAGGAGAGUAAAAUGUGUUUCAAACAACACUCUUCAGCCUCUAACACCGUCGUACGAACACAAAGACUACUAUCAAGCACCAGCCACAACCGCCUUGACCCCGUUGCCUGAAUACAGCAACGCAGUGGCAGCAGCAGUGGCACCUUUGCCCUUCUCCCACAAUCCGUCUUCUCCCGCACCCACGUAUACGCCAACAUGGACCAAACAAAACCAAGAGAUGGAGCCUCAGGAGAUCAUGGGACUAGGGUUGACUCCAGAAGAGUUCAACCGCCGGAACAAGUCAAGAUCGCCUGUCCAGGUUCUCGAUGGUCCUGUGGAGCUAGCAUCUCAACGAUUUUCCGCGCUGGGAUUAGAAGUCGAAGCUCAAAGCCCGCUUCUUCAGUCGAGAUCGGCCAAAUCGAAGGAGCGAACUUCCCGACUUCGCAGCAGUCCGAGGAUCGGGAACCUCAGAGCACAGGCUUCC